UUCAUCAUCUCCACAGCUCAAAAACUCCUUCAACUAGCUAGUUUUAAUCCAAUAACUUUCUUGUUUUUGAUCUUUUUUCAAACCCCUUUCUUUAAAAAUCAAUCAUGGGUGUUUUAACUUAUGAAUCAGAGAUCACCUCCACCGUUGCUCCAGCUAGGCUUUUCAAGGCCUUUGUUGUUGAUGGUGACAAGCUCAUCCCACAGAUUGCACCCCAGGCUGUCAAGCAAAUUGAAAUCCUUGAAGGAGAUGGUGGAGCUGGAACCGUCAAGAAGAUCCAUUUCGGAGAGGGUGCCCAAUUCAAGUAUGUGAAGCACAAGGUUAACAAAGUUGACAUAGACAGCCUCACCUACAGCUACGCCGUGAUCGAAGGCGAUGUUUUGAGUGACAAAGUUGAGAAAAUCGAGUAUGAGAACAAGUUCGUUGCAGCCGCUGAUGGAGGAACAAUCAUUAAGAACAUCAGCAAGUACCACACCAUUGGCGAGGUGGAAAUCACUGAAGAACAAAUCAAGGCAGGCAAAGAUAGAGCCGGUGGCCUUUUCAAGGUUCUUGAGGGCUACCUCCACCAGAACCCUGAUGCCUACAACUAAAUUAAAUCAAGCUUUGGUUUUAAAUGAAUUUUAUAUGUUUGUCAAAUUUCGAUCUUGCUUUGAUCACCUAAAAGUUUGAGAGGGUGGCGUUCAAGUUGUUUUGUGUAUGUUUCCAAAAUAAGUGUUUGUGAGUUGUGAUCUCAUCUAGCUUGCUUAUUGAUAUUUUGGGUUUGAAUACUUUAAAAAGGAUAUUGAAAAAAAGUUGUAUUAUUUUCUAUAAAUUAUAAUAAAGAUGUUUACUUGUCAAA